GAACGAAGCGACCAAGGAAAAGGAACUAAAUGAACGAGCAUUAAGGAGUUCCACGCUCGCUCAAUUGAACCACCCCACUGAACUUAUUCCAAACGAUUCGAUACAAUUGUAUAUUCAGAAAUCGAUGCUAAACAACGUAGACAACCAAUAAUGGCGCGUAGUAAAAUUUGGAAAUACUACGAUAAAAUAAAUCUUCAAACAGCACAAUGUUUGCUUUGCGAGAAGAUAAUCAAAACCUGCGGCAAUACCUCCAAUCUGAUGAAGCACAUGAAGACCCAUCCACAAAUCGAUGUGAAUGACCACGAUUCUAUUGUGGUGCGCGGCAUGCUCAAACGGGAGCCAAAUCCCAUCAAGAGCCGUGGCAGAAAAAUGCUCAAGUAUGCAUCCAUUAAAAUAAAAUCGGAACCAAAGGGAGAAAUAGAAGCCGACCCAGUCGGACCCGACAUGGAUGUGAACAUUAUCGAGCUGGUGGACGCAGAAGCCCAUGCUGCCGUUGAAAGCGUUGUAAAUGAAGAAACCUAUGCCAAUUGGGCUGCGGCUGAAACAGAAUCUGCCGCUGAGACAGCCAGCGCUGAGGACAUUAUUGAAUUUGAGCCAAAGGAGGCACAAGAUCACAACGAUCAAACCGCCGCAUUGUACCAAACGCUGCAACAAGACGAACAGCAGCCCGAAGUGCAGUUGAUGGUCAGCAAUUUCCAAACGUCUCACAAUACUGCUUACCAGGACAGCCUGGCCUAUUUUGUGUGCCGCGACAAACAGCCGCUGCACAUAAUACAGGGAGAGGGCUUCAAACGUUUAGCUCAAGUGCUCUGCCCCGCCUUUCAGUUGCCCAGCGUUGAUCAACUGGGCGCCCACAUUGGUCAAAAAGCACAACUGCAAACGGCGCAGUUGCGCCAACACUUUGCCCACUUACAAACGCUUUCGCUAAGCUGCGCCAUUAACACAACGGUCGAGCAGCAGAGCAGCUACCUAGAGGUGACUGCCCAUUAUUACGAUGGCGUGCAUCGUCGGGCACGCACACUCUCCGUACAAGCGCUGCCAGCACAGUAUAAUGCCAGCAAUAUUGUGGAGCGUUUGGAGCGCGUUUGUCAGCGAUUUGACAUAGAUAAGUCGAAAAUCGUUUGUAUUGUGAGUCGAAGCAGCCGUUUGCUGGAGAACGCUGUCGCCUCCCUGCUGGGUAGCCAGCGGCAUGUGCCAUGCUUUGCUCAUUUGCUGGAGACGUUGUUUGAGCUAGUGGUGCAGCGGCAGGAGUUUAGUGCACUCUGUGACAAGGUGCGCCGUUGUGUUGCUUACCAUCUUAGCAGCUGCAGUAAUUUGGUCGCAUCGCAGAUUCAGUUGGAUGUAACCGGACGCGCAAUAAGCACUUACGAGAUGUUGGAACGUUAUGUCAGGCACGCAGCUCAGUUGCAGAAAGUACAGCCUUUGGAUCCGGCGCUUAUGCUGACGGCCAGUGAAUUGGAGCUGGCUGGAGAGCUGCUUGCCGUGCUAGCGCCUUUGGCUAGUGCGGUACGUCAAUUGUGCGGCUCAAGCAUCGUUUCAUAUCCUAGUGCUAGCAAUGCGCUGCCCAUAGCUUACACCGUGCUCAACGAAAUGAAGCAGCCGGAGAACGCCGAGCAGCAGCAUCAAGUCUCGUAUGACAUUCGCCUAUUUGUCAUUCGACUUCUGGAGGAGCGUUUUGAGGGAAUGGAAAAGAAUACACAACUGGCUCUGUCCAGUCUGUUGGAUCCGCGCUUUCGCAAUAUGCCGUUCCAGAGCGCCUCACUGGUGGCCAAAUAUAUGACACAGCUGUACGAUCUGUACGAGGAGAAGGGCGGUGCUAUUGCCGCCGAAUCUGGCGAAGAAGCUAACACGGAAAGUUACGACAUUUGGGCGGCAUACAGGGCAUUCUCCCACGAGAAACACAAACAUAUUACUAUGAAUGGUGAAAGCGAAAACAUGGAUGAAAUUUCCAGCUAUUUUUGCACAAACAUUAGCAGCUUACAAACGGAGCCCUUGCUGUUAUGGAAGGAUCUUUCUCAGUUUCAUCCGUUUCUUCACAGUUUGGCUAAAAAGUAUAUGCACAUACCGGCUUCGGCAAUACCACCAGCUCGCAUAUUUACAGCCUAUGGGGAAGAAUUCGCACAGCAUCGCAAACUCAUGGGUGAGCACAUGAGCAACAUGCUCUUAAUGGCGGAUUGCACACAGGAAGAGUGGCAAUUAUAGUACAUAAACAUCUAUUAAAAAAAUAUUUUAGAAAAUUUUUAUCAAUAUUAAGAUAUAAUAUUAGUAGCAGACACGUGUCAAUCAUAUAUGUUGGACAAAUUUUUAGGAUGUGCAGCAGAUAUCGUGUAAUGAGUCAAUAGAAUUUUAUUUUAUUUAUUAGAACUAAGCCCGGUAAACUC